CAUCAUAAGCUCCCACCUCUUCACAAGACUCUGACCCGAUGAAGAGCUUGGCCCUCUCUAUGGGAGAAAGAUUAUUUUCAGUAUCCGUACAGUUGUUUAUUUCAUAUCGGGAACCUGUAUUCAUGCGAGACUUUCAGUUAUUUCAUGUUUAGGGCGGUGAGUUGUUCAGGGGCGCAAAAAAACUGGCCCUAAAAUGCCAAAGAAUUCACGCUGUGAAACACCGAAAACGGAAUUAUCGGCUCUCAUGUAAAGUAAUAUCUGUUUGAUUGUUUGUUUGUUUUUUUUAAAGAAGCGAAUUGAAGAAUUUGGGAUAAAAUAUCCAGAGGUUAUAAACAGAAGUCGGAACGGAGUCUGUGUAUCCGUGGUAUUUUAUAAGAUUGUGUCCUAAGCCAUGGGGGCAUUUUUGGACAAGCCGAAAACGGAGAAGCACAAUGCCCACGGUGCAGGUAACGGCCUGCGUUUUGGCCUGAGCAGCAUGCAGGGCUGGCGAGUGGAGAUGGAGGACGCUCACACAGCAGUGGUGGGCCUCCCUCAUGGCCUGGAUGACUGGUCUUUCUUUGCCGUUUACGAUGGGCAUGCCGGUUCACGUGUGGCCAACUACUGCUCAAAACACCUACUGGAGCACAUUAUCAGCAGCAACGAGGACUUCCGGCCUGGUCAUGACUCUGUGGAGGGUGUGAAGAGCGGAAUUCGCUCUGGGUUUCUGAAGAUAGACGAGUACAUGCGCAACUUUUCUGAGCUGCGUAAUGGUAUGGACCGUAGUGGGUCGACGGCUGUGGGCGUGCUGCUCUCGCCCGAGCACCUCUAUUUCAUCAACUGCGGCGACUCUCGUGCCGUGUUGUGCCGUGCUGGUCAAGUGCGCUUCUCCACUCAGGACCACAAGCCCUGCAACCCCCGUGAGAAGGAGCGCAUCCAGAAUGCUGGCGGCUCUGUUAUGAUCCAGCGUGUCAAUGGCUCCCUUGCAGUGUCGCGUGCCCUCGGUGACUACGACUACAAGUGUGUGGACGGAAAGGGACCCACGGAGCAGCUGGUGUCGCCUGAGCCUGAGGUGUUCGAGAUUCCACGUGUUCCAGAUGAGGAUGAGUUUGUGGUGCUGGCUUGUGAUGGCAUCUGGGACGUCAUGAGCAAUGAGGAGCUGUGUGAAUUUGUGCACUCCCGGCUGGAGGUGUGUGAUGACCUGGAGAAAGUCUGCAACUCUGUAGUGGACACGUGUCUGCACAAAGGCAGUCGUGACAACAUGAGUGUUGUGCUGGUGUGUCUGCCCAAUGCACCCAAGAUAUCGGAGGAGGCAGUGAAGAGAGAGGCAGAGCUGGACAAGUUUCUGGAGUCUCGUGUUGAGGAGGUCAUGGAGAAGUCAGGAGAGGAAGGUGUCCCGGACCUGGCUUGUGUCAUGCGCAACCUCUCUGCUGAGAACAUCCCAAACUUACCACCAGGAGGUGGUCUUGCGAGCAAACGCAGUGUAAUUGAGGCCGUGUACAACAGGCUUAACCCACAUAGAGAAGAUGAUGGGAGUGGAGGUGACCUGGAUGACCCGUGGUAGCCAGAGACACCCCUGACUGCAGUCUUCACACGAGAAUGUCCUCAGUUCACACAAAAUGAAAAUCUUUACUCACAAUUUUUGGUUUUGAUUCCGAGAGAUUCAUAGGAAAUAUUCAAAGCCUGGAACGAAAACACAAAUGCAUCAAAACACUUCUUUUCGACGAUGAGGAAUCUACAGAAAUGGCAAGAUUUUUUUUUUUAGAACUGCACCAUUGUAUGGUAGAGAGAAAUAAUUUCACUUUUUGUUCUAUGAAUUUUUAUCCCCCCCCUUCCCCUUUCCCACUGUAAGUUAAGAGUGAUGAUGAGACUGAGGAUUUGUGGCUUCUUAAGCUGUAGGAGAGACUCUGGACUUGAUGGCUGGUGGACAGACUGCAGCACCAGCAAGAGCUCUGAGAGGGAGCGGCAAGGUGUUUGGACCUCCGUCAAUGAUGCAGAGUGCUCUAGCAUGAUGAGCUUCCCCUGCACGUCCUCACCGUCUCAUACAUGGCUCUCCUCCUCACUCUACGCAUGCAUAGCUUUCCAGAGACAUGACUGAUAGGCAUUACUUAUUUCAGAGUGUUCACCAUGUUCAGCCACCAAAUGCCACCAACUCUAUUUAAACCCUGCAUUUACACUCUUCUCUGAUUUUUCUCUUGUUUGUCAUCCUGCUGCUUGAAUAGCCUUAUAUAUCCUUUUGCAUUUUGUUAGCGGUUAUAUUUUGUCAGAUGCUAGUUUUGGUGCUUGUAGUAAAACAGACAAACAAAAAAAGUAGUAGCACUCAUUAGAACUAGCAUUAACUAGGACAUGUUAAGGCAGGGCACUCAGCAACUCGAGGGAAAAUGAACUACUGUAGGGAGUGUAAAUAUAGUGAGCGUUUGGGUUUUGGGUGGCCUUGUGCGCUGACCUUCCACUUCCUGUGGCACUCACGAUGAAACUGAGCUUCACAAUCCACUUCUAAAGGACCCUCAGAUGAAUUCAGAAUUUUUAUCAUGUUCUGCAGCCUUUGAUUUAAAUCUGUUUUAAUAAGUGAAAUCUAUUUUUGUGCAGUAGAUGAUUUAGAACAAUUUGGGGAUCCAGAAGAACCGGCUGCAAAACCUCUCCUUUAAAACCUUCAAAUCUUUUACCUUUGCUCAUCCUCUCAUUUCUCUACUUGUGGUCCUGACUUGUGGCUUGCCUUCUGAUUUUUUUUCUCUAAAAACAGUGUACUAUGUAGAACCAUUUAACACACAACAUUUUAACUUAAUUUUUAAACAAUUCUGCAUUUUAAAGCUUUUUAUUAAAGCUUUUUUAUUCAUUAUGAUCAAUGGUAUAAUUGGUAUUGUUUGCAGCUAGAUUUGGUUACAGGGGAAUAUCAUGACCUAAAUAAAGUAAUUGUGACGGUUGAGGUUGGUAAAAUAUUUCUACAGCGAAACUGCUGAACUGCAUGCAUGCAUAUAAUAUCGUCAUGUUUGCUAAGACAACAGCGAGCAAACACUACUCCAGUAAUGCUCCAGUAGGUACUGGAAUUUUUCAUGGGUGAAUCAUUUUUCCCCCUCCUCUCCACACCUCUAAUUUCUAGCACCCCCUUUUUGUGUCUGGCAGUGGAUUGAUGGUUAUUUAACUUAACAGUAUUUUUGGUUUCACAUGUUAAUUUGUGCCUGUGAGAAUGACUGGAAGAUCCUUGGCAUUAAGGGUUUGCUUGCAGGACACUUUGCUAUGGAUGAAUGUACCCCUUGUUUACACAUACACGCAAACAUGCAUGUGUAGUGUUGAACAACUUACAUGUUGCUUAUGCCUCACAUGCACAUGUUCAAAUAUGUUCAAGUGUAUCAACACACACACGGGUGACAAAUUAUAGACUUGUACUGUGGAGGGCAUUUUGCUGGUAUGGAACAUUUCUGUUCGUAUGGGAGUGGUUACUUCAUGAAUGACUCCGCCCCAUCCAUAGCCCAUAAGUACUCGCUGUGCCAUCACAGUGACCACAUCUCAACCCAGUUGCACACGUAUGGGAGACUGGAAUCAUGUUCUAGACAUCACUCUGCACCACCACCAUCAUCAUAAUCAAAACACUGAUUGAGGUAAUAUAUUUUGUAAGAAUGUUCAUCUCUACAGUUUCAGAGACUUGGUGAAUCUGUGCCAAGGCCUAUAUGAGCUCUUCUGGCAGAUUGAGGUGGCCUAACACCUUCCUAAAAUAUUUGGUACCUUUAAUUUGUCACGUGUCUGUGUGAUAAUCAGUCGAUCUUGAUACACACUUGUCAUUUAUGCUCAUUUGAGCUAAAUGUCCAAUCUACCGAAACUAUGAUUUGCAUUCAAGGCCUUUCUUAAAAGAUGUUUUCUUUCCCCUCCCUACUGAUUUUUCACUGACUUCACCUGAUCUGGUGUGCAGCUUUAAAAUGUGUCGCUCAAUUUGAGAUUAUUGUGCAUGUAUGUUUAUAUAUAUAUAUAUAUAUAUAUAUAUAUAUAUAUAUAUAUAUAUAUAUAUAUAUAUAUAUAUAUAUAUAUAUAUGCAGUUUUAAUUCCCACUGGUACAAAUAAAUUGUAGCUAUAUGCUGGAAAGCUUAAUUUUAUGAUGGUUAGAACUAGGAAAUAAAUUUACUAAAUGAACUGAAUUGAAAUGGCAAAAGAUAUAUAUUUUGUGCUGUGGGUGCUCGUGGAUAUGCACCCGAUUAUAUUUUUAUUUUAUUUUUUUUGUAUAUCUAAAAUGGUUGAUGACUAGAUUGAUUGUUGCGACAGAUUUUAUUUAUUCAGAAGACGUGGCUUUAUGAGAUGUGCUUUGUGAGAGGGAGGAGGGUUUGAGAGGAGUUGGGAGGGGGGAGAUUGCUGGCCCAAUCUGUUUUUGAGAUGUGUUGGGGGGCUGUCUAGCUUUUUUUAUUUCCUCAGUCUAUUAAUCUCUUGCACUCUUUCUUGCUCCCACAUUCUCUCUUCCUCCCUCGCUCUAUCUCUCUGACCCUCUCUAUCCACCUGCUAACAUCCGUGUAAUUAUAGUCCCCAGUACAAUGUUGUGUUUCAUUAGGAUUCAGUGAACAUGAUCUGUUAUCAAUAAAGGAUUUGUUAAAGGUU